CUCGGGAGGCUGAGGCAGGAGAAUCCCUUGAACCCAGGAGGCGGAGGUUGCAGUGAGCUGAGAUUGCGCCAUUGCACUCCAGCCUGGGCAACAAGAGUGAAACACCGUCUCAAAAAGAAAAGAAAAUGCCCACAGGAUGAAAGACUGAAGCUGCCUCUGGGUACACGGGGCAGGAGAUUUGGGGUUCCCUCUGCGCUGAGAACCCCUUCUACUCAGGAUGAGCCGGUGUAGGUAGCCACCACCAUGACCUUGGGCCCUGCCCCUGGUCCUGUCUCCCAGAGCCUGGCUGUGCCUUCUAGCAUCCCCUCCCCCACAGAAGCUGGCAGGGAUUGGCCGGAACUUGGCUUUGAGUCACAAAGCUGCCACGCCACCAGGACCCCAAGACUGGCUGUUCAUUCAGACCGCUGGGUUCAGCUUCAGGGGCAGAGCCAGCCCGGGGCAGUGUUGCUGCGCGUUGCCUGGGGUGAAAGGCUGAAGGCUGCCUCUGCUUGCACACUGGCUUCUGAGAUUUCACCUUCUUCUCCUGCUUCUCCUCCAACUCUAUGACCCUUCAAGGCAGAGCUGACCUGCCCAGGAAUCAAGGCAAUGCAGUCGGCCGCCCAGUCCAGUUCAACAGCCAGUUGUCACCCAGUUGGGCAGUGUGUCCUCCAGCCCCCACCCACCCUAGCCUCCCGGAAACAAUGGAGAAAGCGACUCCACAGCCCCAGCACCAGGGCCCCACGUCCAAGGAGCAUCUUCUGCAGCAGCCUGCCCGAGCCGAGCCGGUGCCCCGCCACAUCCCACGCCUCCGGGCUGUGGUCGAGAGCCAGGCCUUCAGGAAAAUCCUAGUAGACGAGAUGGACAUGCUGCAUUCCCACGCGGCCACGCUCAUCCAAGCCAGCUGGAGGGGCUACCAGCUCCGGCAGAAGCUCAUUUCCCAGAUGAUGGCGGCCAAGGCCAUCCAGAAGGCCUGGCGGCGCUUCAGCACGAGACGCAUCCUUCACUCCAGGAAGCUGUCGGUGAAGAAAGCGAAGGCGGAGGAGGGGGACAUCCCUUAUCACGCCCCACAGCAGGUGCGCUUCCAGCAUCUGGAAGAGAACUGCCUUCUGUGCCCGCCUGUCAGGGUGAACAAGGAGACCCAGUUCCCGUCCUGUGACAAUCUGGUCCUCUGCAGGCCCCAGUCGACCCCGCUCCUGCAGAGCCCCGUGGCUCAGGGUGCCCCAGACCCCUGCAUGCAGGCUCCUCGUGCUGCCGGAGUCCCGGGGUUGGCCUUCCUGCCACACCAGAUGGUCACCAUCAGAUUUCCCUGCCCGGUGAAUCCGGGCGCAAAGUGCCAGCCGUGCCUGCUGACCAGAACCAUCAGAAGCACCUGCCUCGUCCACAUAGAGGGUGACUCAGUGAAGGCCAAACGUGUCACCGCCCGGACCAACAAAGCCGGGGCCGCAGAGACACCGCUCUCUGGAAGGUGUGGCCAGGCAGUUAUGGGACCACCCAGCACCCAAGCCCAGGGCCCUGUGGAAGCAGAGACCCUGAAAGCCCCCUUCCAGGUGUCCCCAGGGCCCAUGAUCACCACGACCCUGCUCUACACGUACCCAGUGGCCUCCAUGACCCUGCCACAGAUGUGUCCAGCGUCCACAGUGACCAAGACUCUACCCAAGACUAGCCGGGUUCCCAAAAUCACAACAACCAAGACCCCAGCCCCACCGUCUCCGCGGCCCGCAGUGACCAAAACUGCGCCUCAUGCAUGCCCCAUGCCCAUGGUGACAAAGCUCCAGGUGCACCCUGCAGCCUCUGGCACCCGCACCCCGCUGCAGAUGCGCCCCGCAACCGUCAUGGCCAAGAACCCACCUCAAGUGUGCCUUCUGGCUUCCAUCAUGAAGAGCCCGCCCCAGAUAUGCCCAGGGCCUUCCAUGGCAAAGACCCCGUCCCAGAUGCGCCAGGCGGCCGCCCCAGCCAAAAACCUGCUGCAGACAUGUCUGGCAGCCACCACGUCCAAGACUUCAUCCCGGACGAGUCCAGCUGGGGUGACGAAGCCCUCGCCCCAGACGCGUCUGGCAGCCAUCAUAACCAGGACCCCUGCCCAGUUACGCUCGGUGGCCACCAUCCUCGGGACCCUGUGUCUGGCCUCAGCAGCAGCGGGAAGCGUCAAGGCUCCACCCCCAGCGGCGGUUGCAGCGGGAAUUCCCAACACCCGGGGCUCCACCCAGGAGAAGCAGCCCAAGGCCAAGGCCGAGGUGAACGUGAAGCCGGCUGUGGAGGUGGUCAAAGCCUCAUCCCGCUCCUGUGUGGCUGAGGGGAAGAUCAGACGUGUGCCCCAACCACAUCCCGGAGCUGGGGUCCCCAGGGCUCUAGCUAAACUUCCUUUAGAAGCCGAGAAAAUCGAGACUGGCCCCCAGAGACAGGUGAAAAUAGACAUGGCACUUAAGACCAGUGUGGCAGUGGAGACAUCUGGGGCUCCAUCCUGGACAAACGCUGCAGAAGAAGGGGAUGACCCACCUCACCUGUUUGAGCCUAUAGAAGAAAUGGCUGUCACCCUGUCCCAGGAACAGCUGGCUGCCCCACUGACCAAUGCCUCAUCCCAGAGACAUCCACCCUGCCUGUCCCAGAGACAGCAGGCCUCCCCGCUGACCAAAGCCUCAUCUCAGGGACAUCUGCCCACCGAGCUGACCAAGACCCCGUCCCUGGACCACCUGGUCACCUGUCUGAGCAAGGUACAUUCCCAGACACAUCUGGCUGCAGGUGCCAUGAAGGUCCAAUCCCAAACACAUCUGUCCACCUGUCUGACCAAGACACAGUCCCAGGGGCAGCAGGUCACAGACAUAACCAAGUGCCUCAUCCCAGCGUACCAGGCUGCUGACCUCAGCAGCAAGACCCGUUCCCAGGUGCUCCUAACCAGGUCUAAGGGACCCAGCCAGGCCUGCCAGCACCUCAGUGCCCUCAGCGCUCCGCCCUGGGCCAAGCCGGAGGACAGAUGUACUCAGCUGCAGCCCCACAGCCAGGUGUCAGGGAAGACUACUCAGCAGGGACCAUGCCCAGCGGCCUCUGAGGUCCCGGGUAUGCUCGUGCCAUUGACGGCACCCACCGGACAUUCCACAUGCAGUGUUGAGUCCUGGGGGGACAGCGGGGCUGCAGGUGCCCAGCUGUCAAUGCCUGGCCAGGCGGUGCCCUGCCAGGAGGACACGGUGGGCUCCCUGCUGGCCUCUCUGUGUGCUGAACUGGCCACUGUCCUGGCAUCCCAGGAAGAUCUCCACAUUCUGUUGGCCAAAGCCCUCUCCCAGGGAGAAAUCUGGGCAGCUCUGAACCAAGCCCUGUCCAAGGAGGUCCUGGGUGCCGCUGUCACCAAAGCGCUGCCCCAGGGUGUGCUGAGCCUGGCGCUGGGGAAGGCGCUGUCCUGGAGUGAGCUGCGCCUGGCCCUGUCCCGGGGCGAGCUGCGGGUGGAACUCACCAAAGCCAUGCAGGGAAAAUUGGCGGAGGUGCUUAGCAAGGCUUUGACGGAGGAGGAGCGGGCAGCUCUGAGCCAGGCCCUGUGCCAGGGCAAGCUGGGUGCCAUCCUGAGCCAGUCUUUGUAUCAGGUGGCCCUGAGGACUGGAACCAUCCUCCCCAAAAUCAACAGUAAGCAGGCCACCUCAAAAUCAACAGGAAGCAGGGUGACUAAGACGCUGGCCCCGGCGGAGGUGGCCUGCAGGGGCAGUCCGUCAGCUGCGUGGGGGCCCUGCCUGGGCCCCAUGAGACCACAGGCCAGCAAGGGCCCCGUGGAUGCUGGUGUGGCUGGUGGCCAAUCGUGGAACCGCGCCAUAUCCAGUGCAGUGGUCAGGCCCAUGGACCGCGGCGUGGCUCGGGGCAGCGCGUGGGAGUCGGCCAGGGGUGCUGCGUCCUGGGAGACCCGGCGCCACAAGGCGGUGGUGCAUCCCAGGUGGUCUGGGCAGCCGAUGGUGUCCAUUCAGGCCACAGAGGAGAGCCUCAUCCUGGCAGUGGUCACGCUCCAGGCGGGCGCCCGUGGCUACCUGGUGCGUCGCAGGAUCCGGGUGUGGCACCAGAAGGCCGUGGUCAUCCAAGCUACUUGGCGCGGCUACCGUGUGCGGCAGAACCUGGCACUCCUCUACAGAGCCAUCACGAUCAUCCAGGCUGCCUGGCGCGGCUACUGCACCCGCCGGAACCUCGCCCGGCACCGGCAGAGGCUCCACCCCGUCCUGUGGGCGAAGCUGGGCGGCAAGGUCCGGGUCCCGUCUGACGGCAGCCACUUCCAGGAUGGCAGGGCCAGGGCCGUGUCGGACCAUCACUGCUUCCAGUCCUGCCAGCCACACGUGUGCAGUGUCUGCCACUCCCUGAGCUCCAAGAUCGGGAGCCCGGCCAGUGUGGUGAUGCUCGCGGGCUCCAGCCCUCGCAUCUGUCACACCUGCGGACACACCCAGCCCACCCGCGUGGUGCAGGGCAUGGGCCGGUUGGCCGGGGGCCCCGGGGCAGUGUCCUGGGCCUCCGUCUCCCAGCGGGCUAUCCUGAGCCCCAGGCAGCCACAUCACCAGGACAAAGCAGCCACAGCCAUCCAGUCCGCCUGGAGAGGCUUUAAGAUCCGAAGGCAGAUGAGGCAGCAGCAAGUGGCAGCGAAGAUAGUUCAAGCCACCUGGCGAGGCUACUACACCCGGAGGUGCCUGAAGAGCCCAGAAGCACUCCUGGGACCAGCAGGCCCCUGGGCCAGCUCACGGCACACACAUUGGCCCUGCCUCUAGCACCCUGGCUCCCUGCAGUGGGGACUUCGUGGGAGGCACAAGUGGCUCCCUGGGCCUAAUGAAUAAAGUCCUCCACAGCCUA